AAUCUUACCCUCGUCUUAUCUUCGAGGAGGGAAACCGGGGAGGGAAGGAAGCCAAAGAUGAUGACUUCGCUCCAGUUCUUCCCUCCCACCUCUCAAAACCCUAACCCCAACCCUAAACGUGCCCACCUCUUCUCCUCCUCCAAGAACACCAUUACCAAAGCCACCCUUCUUCCCUCCUUCCCCUCCUCUACCUUUAUACUAUCCUUUAAAAACCCCAAUUCCAGAACCCCCAGAUCCCUCUCCUCCAAAAAUCCCAACUUUAAGCCCACCCGUUUUAGCCCUCCCCCUAAAAUUUCCAUCUUUCGUGGUUUGCAGCUCUUCCGACCGAGGCCCUGGCGGAGAAAGAUCCAAUGCAGCGGCGGCUUCGAGCCGCAGGGUGGAGAGACCGCCGAGACAAAGCCCCCGUUGGAGCAGAAGAGCGGGGGAGGUGGAGAUGGGGAUGGAGAGGGUGGGGGAGGAGAGGAAGAGGAGAAGAAGGGACUCCUGCCGGAAUGGGUUAGUGUCACCACAGAGGAUGCGCAGACCAUUUUUGCGGCCCUUGCGAUUUCUUUGGCCUUUCGGUCGUUCGUGGCUGAGCCACGGUUCAUCCCUUCCCUUUCGAUGUACCCCACGUUUGAUGUCGGAGAUCACAUCGUUGCUGAGAAGGUUUCAUAUUACUUUAGAAAGCCAUGUGUGAAUGACAUAGUGAUCUUCAAGAGCCCACCAGUCUUGCAGGAAGUGGGAUAUACUGAUGAUGAUGUUUUUAUCAAAAGAGUUGUUGCCAAGGAGGGUGAUGUUGUAGAGGUGCAUAACGGCAAGUUAAUGGUGAAUGGCAAUGUGAGGAAUGAAGAUUACAUUCUUGAGCCACCAUCAUAUGACAUGAGCCCUCUUCAAGUGCCUGACAACUCUGUGUUUGUGAUGGGUGACAACCGCAACAAUAGUUAUGAUUCACACAUAUGCUGCCUUCUCUCAGGGGUCCUCUUCCAUCCAAGAAUAUACUCGGGAGAUCCAUAUUGCGCUAUUGGCCACCGGCAAGAAUUGGGAGCACAGUUCUUGCUGACAGGAGCACUUGAAGUAAACUAUGAUUUGCCUUUUAUUGAAGAAGGAAAAGAAGAAUGGAGGCCAAGAAACCAAUUUUUCUUUAGGUUUCUGUCAUUCGGCUUUUGCUAUAUUGUGCAAAAACGACUUUCUUGGCGCUCUCGUUGCUGAGCUCAAGAAAAUUCUUCGGUGCUCGGCUUAGGACCUUGGCCUCCAAUAGCUUCCGAACAUGGAUGCUUGGAUUGUUUCAUUCAUGCUGCCUUUUAAAACUCCUUUAAAAGAUUUGUUAUGAAAGACUUAUAUAUGGAUCUGUCUAGGUGGGUCUUGCUGUGCCGAGGAGUGUUCAGAUUCAUAGGACCUCUCAUGGUGUCCGUUCCUCGACCAAUGUUUUACAGAUACUCUGAACAUGAUCGAAUUCCAUCAACCAUUACAAGAUUUAUAUAGCAAAGGCAACAUUGGACAAGA